AUGAACGUCGUUGAAGAAAAGAUAGAGCCGCAAUGGACGGAAGAUGCUGAUGCGGUUGAACUCGCGCGGUUGGGAUACAAGCAAGAGUUGAAGCGUGCAUUUUCCCCACUUGAAGUGUUCGGACUGGUGUUCAGUAUAUUUGGAUUGUUCCCUUCAAUCGCAUCCGUUCUCGUGUAUGCGUUGCCUAAUGGAGGACCUGUGGCUUUGGUUUGGGGGUGGGCUGUCUGUAGCUUCUUCCUGUUCUUGAUCACCCUUGCUCUUGCGGAGCUUGGAUCGGCCGCACCUACUUCUGGAGGUUUGUACUACUGGUCGUUCAAGUUUGGUUCACCUAGAUGGAGAAGACUUCUGUCAUGGAUUGUGGGAUAUUCGAACACGAUCGGCCUAAUUGCUGGGGUUGCUUCAGUCGAUUGGGGGUGUGCAGUGCAGCUCAUGGCUGCUGUCAGCAUUGGAUCCAAUCAGACGUUCUCACCGACUACUGCGCAAACAUUCGGCGUGUAUACUCUGAUUCUAAUCUUGCACGCGACGAUAUCUUCUCUGGCAACGCCUAUCGUAGCACGUCUCCAGACGGUGUAUGUCGUACUGAAUGUCCUCCUUUGUCUGGGAAUCAUCAUUGCCCUACCUGCUUCCACUCCGGAAGAGUAUCGGAACCCGGCAAGCUACGCAUUCGGAGGCUUUGUGAAUUUUAGCGGCUGGCCUGACGGCUUUGCUUUUAUAUUAAGCUUUUUAGCACCCUUGUGGACCAUCUCCGGAUUUGACUCCUCGCUCCAUAUCAGCGAAGAAGCUUCCAAUGCUAGCGUGGCGGUCCCAUGGGCAUUGAUUGGGGCAACUAGCGUGGCCUGUGUCUUAGGGUGGGCGAUCAAUGUUGCGAUUGCAUUCCGCAUGGGGACUGACAUAGAGAGCAUCAUGAAUAGUUCUAUUGAUCAACCCAUGGCUGUUAUUUUAUUCAAUAGCUUCGGACAGCGAGGAACGCUUGCGGUAUGGUCGAUCGUUGUUGCGGUUCAGUUCUUCAUGGGAACAAGUUCGCUGCUGGCUAGCUCUCGUCAAACGUUCGCAUUCGCACGAGACGGCGGCCUUCCAUUUUCCAAUCUGCUAUAUCGCAUCAAUCCUCGCACGCAGACGCCCAUUAAUUGCGCCUGGUUUGCUGCUUUCAUUGCGUUCCUACUCGGGCUCCUCGCGUUUGCAGGCUCGAGUGCCAUCUCGGCAAUAUUCAGUCUUGGCGUUGUUGGCCUAUAUAUUGCCUACAUCAUCCCUAUUUUGAGCAGAUUUGCGGGCGGAACCGAAUGGUCGCCGGGUCCGUUUUCACUGGGUGCGUGGGGCCUCCCUAUAGCGCUUACGGCUGUGGCCUGGAUGAUCUUCUCCAUCGUUAUCCUGGUAUUCCCUCCCUCACCAGGUCCCAACGCCCCCGACAUGAACUACACGAUAGUGGUAUUAGGAGGAUGGAUUUUGUUAUGCUUGGCAUACUACUAUUUUCCCGUGUAUGGUGGAGUCUACUGGUUCCGCGGCCCGGUGGCGAAUAUCGGUAAAAUGGAGGCAGUAGAGGCCGCCGGAAUGAGUAGCAGUGUCGAGGAUGAGAAGCCUUAUAUGGCCGACUGA